CAAUCGCUGGGUUUAAUCUGCGAGCCGGAGCUCUGUCGGUCGGGCGCUGCUGUGUGGAGCAGCCUCAAGCGCUGCGAUCUCUCUCCAGUCAGGUGGAGCGACUGUAUCAGCUCAGAGCGCAGACAUCACGACCACCACCACCACCACUACUUCCUCCUGUUCCUUCUUCUCUGCCGCAGCUGCCACUGCUCUUCCGCUGAUGCCACUCCGGCCGACGCUGCUUCUUCUGCCGACGACGAAAGAAGAAGAAGAGGAAGAAGGCAGGCGCAGAGACGAGCUGUAGAUUCGGGUGCCCGAUAUCUGCGCGGCGCAAGAGAACGCACCGCGGCUCUGGCUCGGAGCUGCUCGCUGGGCUGGGCUGGGCUCGGGGAAAUGUGACUGGGGAAACACAACACGUUUUUGUUGUUGUUGUUGGUGGUGGUGGGGGUGUUUCUCCUCUCCUUUCGCUUGCUUUUUGAUUGUUUCGUGAAUCUUCCCGUAGCUUGUUUGACACGAGGACUGUUGCGGUAACGCGCGGGUUGGCUCCGGGUUACGCGCGUGGCGACGUCUGCAGCCCCGCGGAACCCCCACGGCGCGCGAUGUGGCUCCUGGUGUGAAACUCGAGCCGUGGACGCAGUUUGCGCUUUUCGUUUGCUCGGACUUUCGUGACGGCUGCGGGCUCCUGCAAUUACUCCGACGACGACGGUGAUUGAUGAUGAUGAUGAUGACGAUCCAGCGCCGCUUAUUGCUCCAGCACGUGAAGAGUUCACGGGCACAGUUGCCCACCACCACCACCACCACCACCUCCUCCUCCUCAUCCUCCACCACCGAGCCCACCGGAUCGGCACCCGAGCAGGAGGAUUGAACGCGCGCAAGUUAAGAGAAGGGCGAACCUCUCUCACCAUUCCGCUUUGGCGAGAACGUUCACUCAGACGAGGUGGAGUGCGCCGAUCGCGGUGCCGGUGGCUCACUCGCUCACGCCCUUAGCGCGCGCUCGUUGGCUGCGUUUCGUUGUCAUUGUCUCCAAAAACCUCAUCGUCACAUCGUUACGUCGUUGUCAGCCUAUCUUCGCUGUCAUCACCGCAUCGUUAUCAACCCAUCCCUCGACCACUUUCGCCGCCGUCACCGCCGUAAGCUCUUGGAGCGCGCAGCGAGGGAAGGGCUGAGCGCACCACCAACUACUCCGGGGAAGAUCGCAACCCUCCUCAGAUGAACAAUCAGUCUCGAGCCGACCCAACCCGACCCGAUCCGGCCAGGGCACCAGCCGGACCUGCUCCCCGGGUGCUUCGUCCGCGGGUUCGCUUCGGCUGCCUUGCUGCAACCCACCGCCUUCUUGCCAGUGUUAUCCACCCCCACCCCCCCACGCUGACUUGAGAUGAGCCGGCUACGCGUGAACGCGAUCCUGGGACUCGACGUCAGCGGCAGCGGCAGCAGCACGGCAGGGCUCGGAUUCGUCUGCCUGCUGCUGCUCUGGCUGUCUCCCGCGAGCACCAGCGACUGCCCCAAGAACUGCAGCUGCUACAUGCUGCCCGUCACCGCGAACUGCCAGUCGCUGGGAUUCGUCAGGAUCCCAUCGGGCCUGCCCAGGAAUAGCCACCGAGUGCUCCUGCAGAACAACCGCAUCACAGCGGUGCCUCGCGAGAACGCCCUCAGUCCCGACACCGUUGCCCUGUCGCUUUUCUCCAACAACAUCACCAUCAUCCAGCCCGGUGCGUUCGCCGCCUUCUCUCGGCUGGACGAGUUGGACCUCGGAAACAACCGUUACCUGCAGUGGCUGGACGCGGACACGUUCCUAGGACUUGUGAACUUGCACACGCUGCACCUGUACCGAUGCGGGCUGCAGGAGCUGCCGGACAGAGUGUUCGCCGGCCUCAGGGGACUGCAGCAUCUGUACCUGCAGCAGAACGAGCUGAUGCAUCUGCAGGAUGACCUGUUCGGGGAGCUGUCGAACCUCACCCACCUCUUCCUGCACGGCAACAAGCUGCUGAGUCUUUCCGACAACGUUUUCCGGGGCUUGCACAGCCUCGACAAGCUGCUGCUGCACCACAACAGGCUGCGGGCAAUCCGCCGCCGCAUCUUCCGCGGCCUCUCGGCCCUCUCCACCCUCUACCUGUUCAACAACGAGCUCACCGAGCUCUCGGGCCACGCCAUGGGCGACCUGUCGGGCCUCCAGUACCUGCGGCUCAACAACAACACGUGGGCCUGCGACUGCCGCCUCUUCUCGCUCUGGGAGUGGUUCAAGCGCUUUCGCGGCUCGAGCACCGAGGUCGUCUGUCACUCGCCCUCGAACCUCGUCAACCGCAACCUCAGGUCGCUGGCGGAGAACACGUUCAUGUCGUGCAACCUGGGCCCCACCUCGUCCACCUACUACGCCGUCGCCACUCACCCGUUCCGACCAGACAAGGCGUCGGGAACCCACGCACCGAAGACUCCGGCGGCGCCCGGAAUAGGAGGAGGAGGUGGCGAUGCCAAGACGUCGGCCGUGGCCAUCUCGCCGAUCAUCAAGGUGCCGACGAGACGAAAGUGCCGCAAGCACACGGCGGCGCGCAGCCCGCGCCAACGCAGCCGGGCAGGGCUACCUCGACGGCAAGCAGGAGCGCGACGGCGCCGCCGGGGACCUGCCGCACCUCGACACGUACUUCAAGGAGCUGGACGACGACGUGGGUGGCCACGCGGGCGGCACGCAGCCCGCCAGCCCCAAGUGCAGCCGGAGCAAGAAGAUGGAGGGGGCCGACCUUCAGCACGGAGGGCAGGCGGCGGGAGGAGGGGCAGCCGGGCACGUCCACGGGCGGAGCGGAGCGGGGUUCGACGCCGUGGCGAGUUUAACAAACAAAACGAAGAGGCCAGUCGCUAA